AUGAUGGAGUUCUUUUGCUACUCUGUCAAGCCGGACCCCAGCUUCUCCGGGUCGAUGACGUUCGUGUUCGAUCAGGUGCUCGACGAAGACAUGGAAGACGGCAGCUGGGACGGUGUGGCGAGGGACAAGCCUGAGCUGGAGCUGUCGGUGACGGUCGAAAAGGUGGAGGAGGACGACGUGAAGAACGGCGAGGCCGGGAACGUUUCGCGGAAUCGGCGUCCGCGGGUCCUGGUGACUCGCGGCGGACCCCCCGUGGGUGCGGGGGAGGCUAAGGGCAGAGUGAGGGUCCCCUACAAGCAGUUUCUGCUCGUGUACAGCGGGAAGGCCACGGCGAAGGAUAUCGUUCGUCUGGCUAUGCGCGGCAAGGUUUCCAUACCGUACAAACCGCUGUCGUCGAGACGGACCUCUCAAAACACUACACUUGCCGCCUUGCUAUGA